GGGGCGUGCCCAGCCCCGCAGUGGCCCGCUGGGAGCCGGUGGGAGGAGCAUGCGUGCUUGUCCAUAACGGUGCGGGGCGCCGGCGCGACUUCCGGGCCAUGGCGGAGAAGGUGGCUCAGGCCGAGGAGACGGGUCCCAACCCGUCGGUGCUGUUCCUGCACCCAGACCUGGGCGUGGGGGGCGCCGAGCGGCUGGUGCUGGACGCAGCGCUGGCACUGCAGGCGCGCGGGUGUAGCGUGAAGAUCUGGACGGCGCACUACGACCCAAGCCACGCCUUCGCUGAAAGCCGCGAACUGCCGGUCCACUGCGCUGGCGACUGGCUGCCCCGCAGCCUGGGCUGGGGCGGCCGCGGCGCCGCUGUCUGUGCCUACGUGCGCAUGAUCUUCCUGGCGCUGUACGUGCUCUUCCUCGGCGACGAAGAGUUCGACGUGGUCGUAUGCGACCAGGUGUCUGCCUGUAUCCCAGUGUUCAAGCUGGCCAGACGGCGUAAGAAGAUUCUGUUUUAUUGUCACUUCCCAGAUCUGCUUCUCACCAGGAGAGAUUCUUUUCUUAAACGCCUAUACAGGGCACCGAUUGACUGGUUGGAGGAAUACACCACAGGCAUGGCAGACUGCAUCUUGGUCAACAGCCGGUUCACAGCUGCCGUUUUUAAGAAAACAUUCAGGUCCCUGUCUCACAUAGAACCCGAUGUCCUCUACCCAUCUCUGAAUGUCACCAGCUUUGACUCAGCUGUCCCUGAAAAGCUUGAUGACCUAGUCCCCAAGGGAAAAAAAUUCCUGUUCCUCUCCAUCAACAGAUAUGAAAGGAAGAAAAAUCUGACUUUGGCACUGGAAGCCCUAGUAAAGCUACGUGGAAGAUUGACAUCCCAAGAUUGGGACAAGGUUCAUCUGAUCAUGGCAGGUGGUUAUGACGAGAGAGUCCAGGAGAAUGUGGAACACUAUCAGGAAUUAAAGAAAAUGGCCCAGCAGUCUGACCUUGACCAGUCUGUGACUUUCCUGCGGUCUUUCACAGACAAACAGAAAAUCUCACUCCUCCACGGCUGCACAUGUGUGAUUUACACACCAAGCAAUGAGCACUUUGGCAUCGUCCCUUUGGAGGCCAUGUAUAUGCACUGCCCAGUCAUUGCUGUUAAUUCAGGUGGGCCCUUGGAGUCCAUUGUCCACAACGUCACAGGAUUUCUUUGUGAGCCUGACCCCAUGCAUUUCUCAGAAGCAAUAGAAAAAUUCAUCCAUGAACCUUCCUUAAAAGCCACAAUGGGACUGGCUGGCAGAGCCAGGGUGAAGGAAAAGUUUUCCUCUGAAGCAUUUACAGAACGGCUCUACCAAUAUGUCACCAAACUGCUGGUAUAAUCAAAUGAUUUUUUUAAGGUCUUUAUGCUACAUUCAUUAAUAUCAUAUUUAGAGAUUGAAGACCCAGUUUUGAAACCAUAAAAGAAACCUAGAAUCUAGUAUAGAAAAGUUUUUCAAAACAUAUACUUGAAUCUUGACUUUGAGCCACCUUCCUAUACACCACACUUUCCUGUCUACUUUUUCAGAAAAACUAUAUCUUUUAUGCUAUAAUAAUUGAGUCUUAUCAGUGUUAAGGUAUAAAUAUGACAGGGCUGGCUGAAUGGCUCAGUUAAGAGUUGGCUUAAGAGCACGAGCUCUGAGCAACAGGGCUGCCGGUUCAAUUC